AAUACAUAAGCACCAAGUCGAGCCGAAACGAACCAAAAAAUUUAAUUUCACAAAAAUCUCAAUGGUGUCCCGGCUUCGUCAAGUUAUACAGGCUUUUCUCAGUCGUAGACGGCGUAAGAAAAUGGCGAGCGGUGGUGGUGGUGGUGGUAGUAGCAAGGAGAAGAAAGGUUUCUCUGUAAACCCUAAAGAUUACAAGCUUAUGGAAGAAGUUGGACAUGGUGCUAGUGCUGUCGUCCAUCUUUCUAUUUAUCUCCCAACCAAAGAAGUCAUCGCUAUCAAGUGUUUGGAUCUCGAUCGCUGCAACAGCAAUCUGGAUGAUAUAAGGAGGGAGGCUCAGACGAUGAGUUUGAUAGAACAUCCCAAUGUGAUAAAGUCGUAUUGUUCGUUUGCGGUUGAUCAUAAGCUCUGGGUCGUCAUGCCUUUCAUGGCUCAGGGUUCGUGCUUUCACCUUAUGAAGGCAGCAUAUCCUGAUGGGUUCGAAGAGCCUGCUAUAUGUUCUAUUCUGAAAGAAACGCUUAAAGCUCUUGAUUAUCUUCAUAGACACGGCCAUAUCCACCGAGAUGUUAAGUCUGGGAACAUACUUCUUGAUGAUACUGGAGAGAUUAAGCUAGGUGAUUUUGGUGUCUCUGCGUGCUUGUUCGAAAACGGCGAUAGACAACGUUCGAGAAACACAUUUGUUGGUACUCCAUGCUGGAUGGCACCAGAAAUCAUGCAGCCAGGAAGUGGAUACGACUCCAAGGCUGAUAUAUGGUCUUUUGGAAUAACUGCGCUGGAGUUAGCUCAUGGUCAUGCCCCUUUCUCUAAAUAUCCACCCAUGAAGGUACUCUUAAUGACCAUUCAAAAUGCGCCUCCUAGCCUUGAUUAUGACCGUGAUAAGAAGUUUUCAAAGUCCUUUAGAGACAUGGUAGCAUUAUGUCUGGUUAAAGAUCAAACAAAAAGGCCAACCGCUGAAAAGUUGUUAAAACACUCCUUUUUCAAGAAUGCAAAGUCUCCAGAGAUUUGUGUGAAAAAAUUAUUUGCUGAUUUGCCACCUCUCUGGACACGUGUUAAAGAUCUUCAGGAUAAGGAUGCUGAUCUUGCUAUGAAAGGACUUGACCAGGAAGCUAUAUCACAGAGUGAAUACCAAAGAGGUGUAAGUACUUGGAACUUCAAUAUUGAAGAUUUGAAAGAACAAGCAGCUUCGCUAAAUGAUGAUGACAUCUUAGUAGAGGAUAGGGAAGAAGAUGAUUUUUAUGGCGAACAGUUGCAUAAUAAGGCCAGUAACAGAGCACUUGCGUCACCGGAAGAUAUGAACGGAAAGGAAAAAGUAUCAGAUACUUUCAGUUUAACUGCUUCUCCUGUUGAACCAGCAACACCAAGUCCAAAGCACGGUGUUCCACAGGCCAAGGCUAAGACUCAUGAGAGUGGAGGACCACAGAAAGGCCAUGUUUAUGCAAGGCGGGCACAAUCUUCCCGUGUAGAGCCUAGCUUUAUGGGUGCAUUGAGUCUUCCAAAGCAUGCUUCAGCAAACAGUUUUUCAGCUCCUAGCAAAUCUCCUGGAGGAUUCCGUGAUUCUCUGGCUGACAAGUCCAAGGCUAAUGUGGUUCAAACCAAAGGAAGAUUCUCGGUAACAUCAGAGUACUUAGAUCUUGCAAGGGCACGCCCUUUGAGAAAAUCUACCAGUGUUAGUAUACUCGAAUCUAAAAUGCCCAUCAAGGAGUUAAGUAGUCGUCCUGCGUCUCCUUCCCCUCCUUCGUCUCCUCCGUUCUUCAUGCCUCAACUUCAAAAUCUGGUCCUUCAAACUUCAAAACAACAGGAACUUAUUAUUAAUCUACUGAAAAAUUUACAAGCUACUGAAGCAGCAGAUGGCUCUCAAAAUGGAAAGUUGCCACUUUUGCCUGGAGGAUCUGACAUCAAUGGAACUCUUGUUGAACCAAUAUCUUCAGAGAGAGAAAGGUUACUGCUUAACACGAUCGCUGAGCUUCAGUCUAGGAUGAAAGAGGUGACUGAAGAACUGGAGGAAGAAAAGUCAAAACACGCACAAAGCUGCAGCAGCAAUUGAAAACACUACUGAGCUACGCAGAAGCUUUUGCAGAAGAGUAAAAGUAUAUUUUGUACACUAAAACACAGAGGGGACAUAUUUGGUACUGUUCUGUGUCCAGAAGCAGAUACAACAUCGGCCAUUUGUUUCUCACCGGUGUCUGGAA